UUUCCCUUUUCAAAGGGGACCAGCCACCCAUGAAUGAGCAGGCAACAGACUCACAGACCUGCCUAUGGGACUGCAGCCACAGGACGCAGAGAGAGACAAGUUCCCCAAGCUUCAGCAUCCCACCACUGAUUGGGCAACUUCUUCUUCUCUACUAAAUGAACUUCUGCUGAGGGGGCCUCAUUUUGACACCGUCUCCUGCAGUGAUCAAAGCUGGGAAGUUCUGGAAUUUAAAAGAAAAGCUACUUUUCAGGCUACUGCUCUCAAGAUGAUUCCCUCUAUUUCACUGGUGGUACUAUUGACUGUGUGGGCUUCCGAUGCGAAAAAAAUUCCACAGACAAACAGUGCAUCUCUUGAAAAGGAUAUGUUAAAUCUCGACAUUCAAGUCAUUCAAAGCCAUGGUUAUGACAAUGAGGAUGUGAAAGGACUGGAAUGGGACAAGCACCACAAGAGAGCACCGCGGGGUGCAGACGACGAGGACACAGGCGCAGGUGAACCUCAGUCUACCUUCUCACUGUCUUAUGAGAACGAGUUCACCUCACCCAGAGCUACCCAGUUCUCUAGCUCAACCCUAGAAACUGGGGCCAACACAGCCUCAACCCUGGAAACUGGGGCCAACACAGACUCAACCCUGGAAACUGGGGCCAACACAGACUCAACCCUGGAAACUGGGGCCAACACAGACUCAACCCUGGAAACUGGGGCCAACACAGCCUCAACCCUGGAAACUGGGGCCAACACAGCCUCAACCCUGGAAACUGGGGCCAACACAGACUCAACCCUGGAAACUGGGGCCAACACAGACUCAACCCUGGACACUGGGGCCAACACAGACUCAACCCUGGAUACUGGGGCCAUCACAGACUCAAAUCUGAACACUAGGGCCAACACAGACUCAACCCUGGACACUGGGGCCAACACAGACUCAACCCUGGACACUAGGGCCACUGGGGCCAACACAGACGUGGAUCAGGGCAACAGCAGCACUACAGGAAGGUGGAUCACCAACAUCCACAACCCUCUGUACCCAGUGACUGACAGUUCUUACACUGCCUACGCUGUCAUGGUCCUGUCCCUGGUGGUGUUCUCUGUGGGGAUUAUAGGGAACCUCGCUGUGAUGUGCAUCGUCUGGCACAACUACUACAUGAGGAGUACCUGGAACUACAUCCUGGCCAGCCUGGCUUUUUGGGACUUCCUGGUGCUCUGCUUCUGUUUACCUGUGGUGGUCUUCAAUGAGCUCACCAAUAAGAGGCUGCUGGGGGACAUCUCAUGCAGAGCGGUACCAUAUAUGGAGGUGACCUCCCUAGGGGUGACAUCCUUCAGCCUGUGUGCCCUGGGUAUUGACCGCUUCAACUCUACCACCUGCUCCCAGCCCAAAAUCCGUCGAGUGGAGAGCUGCCAGUCCGUCCUGGCCAAGCUGCUGGUCAUAUGGCUGGGCUCCAUGGUGCUGGCGGCACCAGAGCUGCUCCUGUGGCAGCUCAGCCAGGCCGUGUCUCCAGCCACAGGGGCUGUGGUGGACUCCUGCACCAUGAACCCCACCUCCAACCUCCCCGAGUCCAUCUACGCCCUGGUCAUCAACUACCACGAGUGCCGCAUGUGGUGGUACUUUGGUUGCUACUUCUGCCUGCCCGUGGUCUUCACCCUGCUGUGCCAGUUGGCCACCUGCCACGUGUCCCAUGACGGUAUCCCCCGGCGCCUGGAGGAAGGCUCCCCCUCCAAGAAACAGAAGAUACAACACAGUCAACAGGUGGAGCGCCAGCUCAACUGCACCGUGAUGGCUCUGGCCGUGGUCUACGGCGUCUGCGCCCUACCGGAGAACGUGUGCAACAUCGUCCUGGCCUACACCGCCAUGCCCAUCUCUGACGACACCGCCACCCUGCUGGCCCUCAUCAACCAGUUCUCCCUGUUCUUCAAGUCGUCUGUGACGCCGGUGCUGCUGCUGUGCCUCUGUAAGUCUCUGAGCCAGGCCUUCAUGGACUGCUGCUGCUGCUGCUGUGAGGAGUGCCAACCUAGUGGCUCCCAUUCUCCUGGCACCGAGGCCAAACUCAAGAGCACCAACGAGAUGUCCUCCUCCAUCUUCUUUGACAAAGCCAAGGACAGCUCCACCAUCCUGUCGAUCAGCGGGUCCAGCUGAACUGACCUCUCCUGCUUUCUUUCCUUUCCAUCGGCUAAACUGGUUAGAUGUGGUAACAAAGCAACUCACCUUUCAGCAGUGGACAUUCCAACCUCAACCAUAGACACACCUUUUUGUUUUCCAGUGCCAGCAUCACCUUCUCUGUAGCCUUAAUGUCUGUAAUGUCUCUCCUUUUGAUGUUCUCUCCAAAUAGAUUCAACACCCCAUCCAGUUUUAAGGUGGUUCAUUUGACAGGAAGUUCAGACACUGACUAAGUGCAGACUGGUGGGGGGGCUGGAGAGAAGAAGGUGAAGAGCUCCAUUUAAUAUCCUUGUAGAAGUGUCACCCCAAUGUGUGUAUUUUAAGGAUUAUUAGGUCAAAAAUAAACAGAGUAUUAUGUUAGAUUACUAUACUAGGGUUGACUAGCAGAGUAUUAUGUUAGAUCACUAUACUAGGGUUGACUAACAGCCCCAGUGUCCCGGCACUGAGAUCAGUAUUUCUUGACGUCACAACUAUUAACAUAUCUGUAAUAUGAUGUGUGUUGGCUCUUUAGUCGACACAGAUAAGUGUGCCUUGUCAUUUUAUUCAUGCCCCCCCCAAUUAUCGACACAGCUAUUUCAUCUUUAGCCGUCCCAUGUCAUUGUAUCAAUUAUUGUUUUGAGUUAUAUUAACAAUCAACGGGGAUGGUUUAGACAUAGUAUUUUCCAUCAAAUCAAAGUGCUGUGAAUAAUGCAAAAUUAUUUUACCAGAUAAUCAUGAGAAGUCACUGUACAGUGGUCAAGGUUAUAAACGGGUUAUAAGAAGGUUAGGAAAGAAGUCAGACAUCAUUUUAUGAAUAAGAGACACAGCUGUAGUUGUGUUUAAUUUAUCCAAUAAAGGUUUGUAAUUUAUCAGCGCUAGUCAUUUUUCUCACGGAGAGAUUUCAUAAACGUCAGUUGAAAAAAAUUUGCUCAACCAGAUGAAGGGAUUUUGGGUGAUUUGUGCUUGAUGCGCAUCCCAUUGACCAUCUGAAACUCAAUAAUGGGGUCCUCUCUCUGACCUGGAACAUAUUUCUCCUCUCACUGAUUCAGGCUUUGGACAGCAGCAGAGCUCCUCUCAUAAGGGUGUCAUUGUUCUCCAGGGCCAGUGGAAGCCUCCACUCUGAGGCCCUGGGAGUGGAACUACAGUUGAGUUGCCAGGUUACCGUCCCAAAAUUCACGGGUAUUGUAGACGGGCCAAAACCGGACAGGCCUUCCACCAUUUUCUCACCCCUGUCUGGUGCUCCAGUCCAAAUGAACACGUGGCACUACUGCAUGUUCUCUCAUGUUGUCGUGAAGGUUUGAAAGAAAUAUAUGUUUUUUUUCAAACUUAAAAUGGAGAUGGACGUUGGCUUGGGGAUGUGAGAAGUUUCCAUUGUGGUGGACUAGGUUCAAUCAGAGAACACCACCACAGCACAGACACCAGAAUUAUGUAAUGCGUUGUUUCCAACAUACAAUGAAACUCAAGCCAACCUGAUUGGACAGCAUAUCAAAAGAUCACCAGUAAGCCAAUAGAGGGCAAUAGUAAUGGCGUCUUUUUGUAGGUAUUAACAAGAGGCUAACUUCACCAUGGCUUGUUGGCUAAAGCCUAUGGGGAUCAACACUGUAAAUAAGGUCUGAGGAGAUCUUAUACUGUACGUUUUGCUCUGUGAGAUAAUCUUCAUCAGCUAACCAGUGUCCAUUUUCAGGUUCCUAUGCCUCUGCUGCAGUUAGUUAUUUAACUUUAAGUUAGUAAUUAUUUUAACCCUUAUGAAAAAAGAUUGUAAUUAUUUUAACCCUUAAGAAAAAAGAUUGUAAUUAUUUUAACGAAAAAAGAUUGCUGCAAAUAGCGUGUCCAAAAUAACACUUUUUUUUUACGACAGUAAUUUUGCAGUGUAACUGCAGUG